GGCUCCUGCGGUUCCCUUUCCGUCCGGGAGGGCAUUGGCGGACAGCCGGCGUGAGUGCUCCGGGUCGGUCACUGUGGACGCGGGACAGCGGCGUGGGGACUCCCUGAAGGUACAGCGGAAGGGGCCCCCGGAAGUGCGGCGACUCGAGCCCUCUCCGGCUCCUCCAUGCUUGGUUGGAGGCUGCUGGCUCAGGCCGGCUUCCAGGUGCUGGGCCGCCGCGCCGGGGGCCUGGACGCUGCCUGGGGCUUCGGGAACAGAACAGACAUCUGGCUUUUAGUUAGAAGUCUCCAUGGCAAGAGUGUUACUUGGUGGGACGAGCAUCUCUCUGAAGAAAAUGUUCCAUUUGUUAAGGAGUUGGUCUCUGAGGAAGACAAAGCUCAAUUAGCAAGUAAACUGUGUCCUCUGAAAGAUGAACCAUGGCCUAUACAUCCUUGGAAACCAGGUUCUGCUAGAGUAGGCCUUGUCGCACUGAAGCUGGGCAUGAUUCCUUUUUGGACCAAAGAUGGUCAGAAACAUGUGGCCACAUUACUUCAGGUACAAGAUUGUCAUGUCCUAAAAUAUACUCCAAAGGAAGACUGUGAUGGAAAAAUGGCAGCCCUAACUGUAGGAGGGAAGACUGUAUCCCGUUUCCAUAAAUCUACACCUAAAUUGGAAUUUUACCAAGAACUUGGAUUGCCACCGAAACAGAAAACUAAAAUCUUUCGCAUAACAGAUAAUGCUGCAAUUAAGCCAGGCACUCCUCUUUAUGCUGCUCACUUUCGCCCAGGACAGUAUGUGGAUGUCACAGCCAAAACUAUUGGUAAAGGUUUUCAAGGUGUCAUGAAACGAUGGGGGUUUAAAGGCCAGCCUGCUACACAUGGUCAGACGAAAACUCACAGGAGACCUGGAGCUAUUUCAACUGGCGAUGUUGCCAGAGUCUGGCCUGGAACUAAGAUGCCGGGACAGAUGGGAAACAUUGAUAGGACGGAAUAUGGACUGAAAGUGUGGAGAAUAAACACAAAGCACAAUAUAAUCUAUGUAAAUGGCUCUGUACCUGGACAUAGAAAUUGCUUAGUAAAGAUCAGAGAUUCUAAAUUACCUGCAUAUAAGGAUUUCUGUAAAAAUCUGCCAUUCCCCACAUAUUUUCCUGAUGGAGAUGAAGAGGAACUACCGGAAAAUCUAUAUGAUGAGAAUGUGUGUCUACCCGGCUCGCCUUCUGUUACAUUUGCCUGACCUCACUGGACGUGGAAGAACGUCACGUAUUUUUGUAGCUUUGAUGAGCCAGAAGAGUAAUAUACCCAGGAAUUAUAUUUUGCUUUCUAAGCCACAACAAUAUCACACCUGUCACCUUGUCAAGGGCAAAAAUGUAUCAUUCAUCCCUCAAUGGCAUUUUUAAAAAUAUUACCACAUUAAAUAAAUCAAUGAAGGUGAUUGGAUAUGCCAGAUUUAAAUGGACUCACAGUGUGCAUAUUAGCAAAA